AUGGCACCCACAACCGAGAGCCACCUAUCGACUCAGGCUUUACAUGCAGAUGAUCGCUUGAAUCAAGUCACUGAUGUUGCGCCACCAAUUCACUUGUCUACAAUCUUCAGGUAUUUAGAUGAUCCAGAUGAAUUAACUCUUACCGAGGAUCCAGUGGCGGCAUUCGACGGAAAGAACUAUGUAUACUCCCGCGAGUUCGCACCAAAUGCCACCCGAUUUGAAGCAAUCUUAUCAUCUCUCCUCAAAGGACACGCUGUGAGCUAUGCCACGGGUCUAGCUGCCCUGCAUGCUGCAUUGACCCUCUUAAAUCCUCGCCGAAUAUCGGUAGGAGAAGGGUAUCAUGGCAGCCACGAAGUGAUUUCAGUGAUUUCUCGUCUUUCAGGACUGGAGAAGCUCCAUCUAGACUGCUCUCCUGAGAGUUUGAAUGAAGGCGAUGUCAUUUUGCUUGAGACCCCAAUCAAUCCGCUUGGCACGGCCUUCAACAUUGAAGAGUAUGCCCAGAAGGCACACUCCCGCGGGGCAUAUCUCAUUGUGGACAGCACAUUUGCGCCACCAGGUCUACAAGAUCCAUUUCUAUGGGGAGCUGAUAUCGUGAUGCACUCGGGAUCAAAGUACUUUGGAGGCCACAGCGAUCUUCUUUGCGGUGUCCUUGCAGUCCAGCGGGAGGACUGGGCAAAACAGCUUUUCGAGGAUCGAGUAGCCCUGGGUAACGUUAUCGGCAACCUGGAAGGAUGGCUUGGAAUUCGAAGCCUGCGCACGCUUGAAGUUCGCGUGCAGCGAGCCAGCGAGAACUCCGAAAAGCUAAUUUUGUGGCUUCAUCAGGGGUUGACUGGUCCAUCUCCUCAGCCUGGCUCGGAAGGGUUUCUCAUCCAAGCUGUACUGCAGAAAAUACAUCAUGCAAGCCUUCAGGAUGAGCCUUGGCUGAAGAAGCAGAUGCCCAAUGGCUUUGGACCGGUCUUCUCCAUUGUAUUGCAAAACGAGGAGCUGGCAAAAAGACUGCCAAGCAAGUUGAGGUUUUUCCAACACGCAACCAGCCUCGGCGGAGUUGAGUCCCUGAUCGAGUGGCGGGCACUGUCUGAUUCGAGGGUCGAUCGAAGGCUACUUAGAGUCAGCGUUGGUCUAGAAAACUGGGAGGAUCUGAAGGACGAUCUGCUGCAGGCCUUCAAGGCACUGGUGGAAGAGAAGUGA